CUUGGAGGUCCUGCCUACAGAGGCAAAGGACUCAAGUCCCCAUGCUUCAGUCACCCAAUUGUAGAGGGAAACAACAACACUGAGAACUUCACUCACCUCUUCUCUUUUUUGGAGGGAAAGGACUGUAAAGAAGAGUUUGGUUUCCUGUAUAGGCUGAAUUCUGAAUGCCUCACCUCCACUACCUUCUCUGGGCACUCUGAUGAGAAUGAGCUGAUGGCCUUUCUGAGUGUUGCGAGGGAAACAGCGAAGAAGAAGCGACUCCUCUGGUCACAGACUCGUUUGUGCUUCCUGUUGGGUAAGCUCUGUGCUGGGAGGUCUAAGUUCAGCCAGGCUCGGGUUUACUUUGAGGAGGCCCUGAGUGUUCCACAAGAAGGCUUCAGUGAUCUCAAGUUGUUGACCAGCAUCUACUCCAACCUGGCUGCUAUAUAUAUUUUGCAGAAAAAUGCUGAAAGUUUCUUUGCUGUAACAGAGCGACUUGUUGCGUUUCUGUUGGGAAUCCCAGACUGCCUUGGAAGCUUAGAGGACAGCUCUGUUCUUAAAUACAUCCUCAAGAAAGCUGUUCUCUCUCAUAACAAAAUGGCAGAAGCCCGGGCUUGUUAUCUACUGGCAAAGCACCACUGCACUUGUGCUGACGGGGCUCAAGCUGUUCCAUACCUUGAGAGACUACUUGUUCUUUGUGCUGAAGCUCAAGGAACAUGGAGCAUGUCUCUCAGUCAUGGAUACCUGACCCUGGGAAGGGUCUACAGUGACCUCUGCCGUCCCAACCUCAGUGUCAGUUCAGCCAGGAAAGCUUCUCUGCAGCCAUCUGCCAAACUGAGAGACUGUCUUAACAGCAUGGUUCUAGCUCUGGACAAUGUCAAUAAACUGAAUGGGAUCACUGAGCAGGAGGCCUCCAUUCCAUCUCAGGUGGCUCCAUUUUUACAUCGAGCCCUCUCUUUUACCAAUGUUCAAGAAGGAGGAAGGAACCGAUACCAUGUUUUGCACCAUCAGCUUACUGUUUGUCUCUGCCCUCUUUACAAGCACAAAAUGGUUGAACAUGCUAUCCACCAUAUGCAUAUUCUCAUCAGCAACAGUCCACCUCUACAGGCAAUCCCCAUCUCUGUGCCAGAAAGAAACAGUACCUUCACCUGGCUGGCAUGGCUUCACAUUGAUAACAACCAGCCCAAUGUUGCUUUGGAUAUACUGGACUUGGUUCUAUCUUCCAUGCCAGAACACUGCACAACCCCUCAGGAAGGUGUGGUCCUCAACAUGCAUGGUGUGGCACUUCGAUGUAUGGGCAAUCUUCAGAGAGCAGCAGAGAGCUACCAGGCUGCCAUUGACAUCUGCCAAGAGUAUGAGGACCUGCCAAACCUGGCUGUAGCUCAGGCUAACCUAGGGCUGUUGUGUCUGAAGGCUGGAGCUAAAGGACUAGCGCAGAGGCACCUGACUGAGGCUGUGCAGCUCUUCUCAGAGCUGGAUGAAGAAGGUCAUGAGGCAAACUUUAUCACUGUGCUCCUCAAGCUGGGGCAGCACUAUGUGAAGCAGCAGCAGCUGUACUAUGGAAAAGGAUGCUAUGAAUGGGCUUUAUUGCUGGCUAUCAAUGCCAACCUGUUAGACUGUCAGCUCACUGCGACCAGAAACCUGUGCCAUCUGUAUGGUUGUGAGAGUCCAGACCAGGAACAGUGUAUCAUCUAUAGCCAGCACCAGGUCCAGCUGCUGAGACAAUCAGGAGACAGAGGUCAGGAGGGAGAUGCACUGGAGGCUAUAAGCCAGCUCUACCUCACUCUGGGCACAGAAAGGGCGUACCGGGCAGCUCUCGACUACACCAAGAGCAGUCUGGGUAUUUACAUUGACCUGGGCUUCAGGGAGAAGGAGGCAUAUGGCUGGCUACAGGCUGGGAAGAUCUACCACCUGCUGGGCCAGACUGAACUGGUUGAUCUUUAUGUUCAGGUAGCUCAGGAUGUCGCUCUGAGCACAGGAGACACCAAGUUCAUCCUGAAGCUUCUGGAGGCUGCAGGAGACAUUUUCCUCAACAGUUGCCAGGACAGAGACAAGGCUGUCACCUUCUACAGGGACCGAGCUCUGCCCAUCGCAGUGAAGAGCAGCAGUGUUCAUACCAGGCUGAGAUUGUGCAAUAAGCUGACUGAAGUGAUGCUCAGUCUCAAGCUGUAUGGGGAAGCUGUUGAGUUUGCUCAGACUGCACUGGACAUCAGUAUCACUCAGGGUGAACGUCUGAAUGAGCGAGUGGCCUACCACCGCCUGGCCUGUCUAUACCGCUGUCUGGAGCAGUAUGAACUUGCUGAGCACUAUUACCUGAAGACUCUGACCCUCUGUCCGACACCUCUGCAGUUUGAGGAGGAAACACUGUACUAUGUCAGGGUCUACCAGACACUAGGGGACAUGAUAUUCUAUGACCUGAAGGACCCGUUUGAUGCUGCAGGUUACUACCACUUGGCUCUGGCUGCAGCCAUGGAUCUAGGCAACAAGAGAUCUCAGCUGCAGCUCUGCACACGUCUCGCCACCAUCUACCACAACUUCCUCAUAGACCGGGAGCUGUCUCUGUUCUUUUACCAGAGGGCAAGAGGAUUUGCUGCAGAGCUGAAUGUGAGAAGGAUUAACAUCUCACCAGAUCAACAUUAUAGCAGCAUCUCACAGUACACGGCCACUGGAAAAUAUUCUUUUACACAAAAAACUAACUUUCUGCAAGAUGUGUGAAGAAGUCAGACGUCACCAGAUGGCUGAAUGGAUGUGUUAUUUUUUUCUUUUUUGCCUUGUGUUUUUUGCACAGAAUAAUCUGAUUUCAUGAGAAACCCUGCACAAGUUAACGCACAGAAUAAAAUUAUCACAAAGGAAUUCCAAUUUUUUUAAGACACUCUGUGGAGAUGACAAAGAUGAAGGUGCCCCAGAUGAUUUAUUGUCACCUACAUUGUACUGUAAGCACAAGAUUCAGUGUUCAAUGAGGCCUUCAUGAAUCAGAAUUAAAUAAAUAGGUAAAUGUCCUAACCAAGCAAAGGACAAUUCAUGACAUUCAGAAUGUUGUGGGCCACUCACAACUGAAAUACAUGCUAAAGGAAGAACAUUGUUUCUUAUAUUCUUGGUUACAGCUAGUACAGAUUCACCUCAUCAAACAUAAACAGAAGUAUAUCAUUUGCAUAUUGUGACAUUUUUUGUGUUCUGAUACUUGUAAGGCCUUACCCGAUAGCUUAUAGUCACAGGUUUAGCUUUAGGCUCUAUGAACAAAGGAAGUAGGUGUUUUACAAUCAGAAACUGGUGUUUCUUGUUAUUCUGUAUUAUCAUUUCAAAUGUUUUUGAUUAUAAAGUAGGUCUGGGUGCUGUAGAAGAGCUCUAACUAUGAAUCAUGUAACAGCCAAGUUUUUUGGGGGGACAAGGAAGGGAAGAAUAUAAUUUUUUUUACAAAAAAAAUGUUUGUUUGUUUUUUUUUUUUCAAACCAGAAAUCCUUAAAUACAAAUUAAAGUUCUCUGACACACAC